GUCUGGAGGAACCUGGGCAAGCUGGGCUGGAAGUGCAUGAGAAAGGAUUGCUGAAUAGGAGGAGGACGGUGGCGGAAGCACCCCACAGCCGUCGACGGGGUGAAUGAAACAACCUCAGGAAAUGGAGAAAGAAUAAACCCAAGGAGCUUUGGAUUUAUAAUGCAAGCAGCCUUUGCAGGAUCCAUAGUCACAUUGCUCUCCUGUUUUUGGAUUUAAGAUCAUGUCCGUUCACGUUGUAGCUUUUGGAAAUGAAAGAGGUGGCUUUUCCGAGGAUGAUCAGCAGAGGAGUCUGAUUUGGACCUAUCUUGGGAGAAGUGCUCUGGUUUCAGAGACUGACAGCAGCUUGUUGUUAAACUCUGCCAAUUAUGUUAGAAACCCUGCAUUCACCGAAUAUCAAGCCUGUGUGUUUGGAAAUGUCAGAUUGGUGGUACAUGACUGUCCUCUCUGGGAUAUUUUUGACAGUGACUGGUACACAUCUCGGAACCUUAUUGGAGAAGCAGAUAUCAUUGUGAUUAAAUACUCUGUAAAUGACAAGUCUUCAUUUCAAGAAGUAAAGGACAUUUAUGCACCACUGAUAAAAAAAGCAUUAAACCACUGUUCAAUUCCUGUCAUAAUUUCUGCUGUUGGUGCAAGACAAAACGAAGUCCCCUGCACUUGUCCUUUGUGCAUCUCAGACAGAGGGAGCUGUGUUACAGCUUCUGAAGGGAUUCAGCUUGCUAAAGAACUUGGAGCUACUUAUUUGGAACUGCACAGUCUCAAUGAUUUCUACAUAGGAAAAUAUUUUGGAGGAGUGCUGGAAUAUUUUAUGAUACAAAGCUUGAAUCAGAAAUCUUCUGAAAAAAUGAAGAAAAGGAAAAAAAGCCAUAAGUGCCAUGGAGUUAAGCCACCUCAACUUGAUCAGCCAGAAAAAAUGCCAAUCUUAAAAGGUGAAGCCUCGCAUUAUGACUCCGAUUUACAUAACCUGCUGUUCUGUUGCCAGUGUGCAGAUGUGGUAUUUUAUUCUGAAGACUUGAAGGAAGUAGCAGAAGCUCACAGGAUUGUUCUGUGCUCUGUUAGCCAUGUGUUCAUGUUACUCUUUAAUGUGAAGAGUCCAGCAGACAUUCAGGAUUCCUCCAUCAUUCGAACUGCCCAGACCCUCUUUGCAGCAAACCGGCAAGCUGUGCUUCCUGUUUUAAACCACAACUCAUCAUGCAAUUCACCAGUAAGAGUCAUUGUUAAAGACUCUUUCUUCUGUUCUUGUUUGUCAGACAUUCUGCACUUCAUUUACUCAGGUGCUUUCCAAUGGGAACUAUUGGAAGAACAUAUCAAAAAGAAGCUGAAGGAUCUUGGGAACGUUGAGCUUGUUCUUGAGAGAGUAAAAUGUAUCUUGAAAAUUCCAGGAAAGGUUAACAGCUCAAGAAAUUGCAGAUCAUAUUUGUCAAAAAGGCCCCUGCAGUUAUGUAACAGCUCUCUCAGGCUCUUCUUUAACACAACUGUGUUAGCUGACGUCAUGUUCAAAAUACAAGGUGCUACAGUGCCAGCUCACAGAGCAGUCCUUGUGGCUCGCUGUGAGGUAAUGGCGGCUAUGUUCAACGGUAACUAUGCAGAAUCUAAUAGUUUUCUGGUUCCAGUUUAUGGGAUUUCCAAAGACACUUUCUUGUCCUUUCUAGAGUAUCUGUAUACGGACUCCUGUUGUCCAGCCAGCAUUCUGCAAGCUAUGUCGCUCUUGAUUUGUGCUGAGAUGUACCAGGUGUCAAGGCUCCAGCACAUCUGUGAGCUGUAUAUCAUCACACAGCUCCAGAGUAUGCCUAGUAGGGAAUUGGCAUCAACAAGCCUGAGUGUUGUCAGCUUGCUUCGAAAAGCAAAGUUUCACAACUCUGAUUGCCUUUCAAACUGGCUUCUUCAUUUUAUUGCUUCUAACUACUUAAUCUUCAGUCAAAAACCUGAAUUUGAAGACCUUUCAGUGGAAGAACGCAAUUUUGUUGAGAUGCAUAGAUGGCCUUCUAGUAUGUACCUGAAGCAGCUCGCAGAGUACAGGAACUACAUUCAUUCUCGAAAAUGCCAUUGUGUAGUAAUGUAAACUGAAAGCUGAUCCAUCUUUAGUUAUGAAUAGAAGAAAGUCAAUUGCUUCAGGAAUCUUACAACUUCACAAGACUGAAGGCAAAUGCUGAGCUUACAUGCUGUGAAACUAUUAUCUAAUACUGCACUUGCUAAUGAAUAACUACUGUAUUUUUUUAAAAGCAUGUGAAACAAAAUUUAGAAAAGCAUAAGCAUUUAACCAGGAUGUUUCCCAAUUCUGCUGCUGGGUCUAAUUUCCUUGUAUAGGGACAUCAAUUCAUGUCAUAUUAUUUCAGGUUUGUAGUGGAAUUUGGACUUAUUUAGAGCCUGGAAAUCUUGUCAGCCUCUGUGAUUGGGAUUUUAAGAGUCUGAAGGAGAUUCCAAAUUCAUUAAAUGUUUGUAGGUUCUCUUUGUCUGGAAACUGUAGAACCCAAUUUUGUUUGCUAGUUACUCUGUUAAGGAUUUCUGUGAUUUAUUUUUGGACCUUUUAAGAAUUUUGUAAAAACAUAGAGUAUUAUUUUUCUGUACUGGGAAUUAGAAAAAUGUACUUCCUGUUAGCAUCAUUAAAUUCCUAUGUUAUGGUGUAAAAUACAUCACUAUGUUUCUAGAAAA